UAUGGGGACUGCUAAUGGGCCGAUUCAAUUUCAGCUGGAUGACGCCACUUAGGACUCUUAGAUGUGCCCUGAUGCCGCAGAGUCUCCUCACUCCCGGCAAUGCAGCUCUCUUCCAGUGCGGCCGAACUCAGUUGUGACGAGACGAUGGACCCGCCUGCUGAGGACUUCCAACAGGUCCUGUCCAUCGACCAAAUCCGCUCCAUCCGUGCCAGCAACAACUACGUGGAGAGACCGGCUGCGUGCUUCCAGCAAGCUCACUCCAAUCCGUCGCUCUCCCAGGCACCGUACAAGCAAGAGUGGCCUCAGGACCGCCUGCUGUCUUCCACCUUCCAGGACCUGCACCGCAGCCACAGCCAACAGCACCCGAUGCCGCCUUUGCAGCAACACAUGAGCCAUUCCAGCACGGCCAGCUCCGUGUCCCAAAGCACCACAGCCUCGGAGCAGCGGCUCCUGAGCAGCCUCACGCCUUCCCACUCCGGCCACUCGCUCAUCCGGACGCAGCCCAGGGCCGGYGAGCUGAAGGCGGCCGAGGCGCCGCUGAAGGAGGCGGCCGAGAAGCCGGCGCUGCACGCCGGGCACCUCCUGCUUUGCGAGGAGUGCGGCCGCUGCAAGUGCGCCCGCUGCACGGCCGCCCGCAGCCUGCCCUCCUGCUGGCUCUGCAACCAGCGCUGCCUCUGCUCCCCCGAGAGCCUCCUCGACUACGGGACUUGCCUCUGCUGCGUCAAGGGCCUCUUCUACCACUGCUCCACGGACGACGAGGACACCUGCGCCGACGACCCCUGCUCCUGCGGGCCGGGCUCGUGCUGCGCCCGCUGGGCCGCCAUGAGCGUCCUCUCCCUCCUCAUGCCCUGCCUCUGCUGCUACUUUCCGACCCUGGCGUGCCUCAAACUUUGCCAGCGGGGUUACGACAGCCUCAAACGUCCCGGCUGCCGCUGCCAGAACCACACCAACACAGUCUGCAGGAAAAUCUCCACCUCCAGCGGCACGGCCUUCCCCAAGACGCUGGAUAAGCCCGUAUGA